GUCAACAAUAGGAUGACAAGCACUGCUUUGAAACAUUCAAACCCAAUAAAACAAAUCACCACCACUGAUCUACAAAUACAUGAAACUUCAACGUCUGCUUCUGGAACAGAUUCAGUAGGGAUUACUGAAGUGAUUACAGAUCCUAGCAGUCAAGAAACUUCUUCAGCUAUGAUCGAGUCUUCCAGUGUCAAUUCAGAAUCUACGACAAAUACUGCAGACGCAUCAACAGAGCCUUCCACUGUUGAAACCUCAACGACAACAUUACCACCGUUGUGCAACUGCCCAGCUUGCGUAAAACAAAAUGUAGUCAGCAGUGGAAUCAGCUUUAAAGACCCAGAAACUUACGGUGAAUGGACAAGCGUGGACAAUAUUACAUAUUUGUUUGGAGGCAGUCCGAUGAUAUGGUCAAAUGCCUGGCAAAAGUGUUGCAGCUAUGGGAUGACGCUCAUUAGUUUUGAAUCGUUACAAAAGCUCAAACGCGUCGGAGAAAAGUUGCAAAAUUGGCCGUACAACACUCGAUUCUGGACGAGUGGAACUUCAAAGGGAUGCACCAGUGGUUCUUUUGUGUGGUGCUCAAGCAACAAUCCCCAGUUCGACGCCGGGAUUUGGCACGCAAAUCAGCCAGAUGAGAAAAAUAUUAGUGCAGGCGUUUGCGUCAGCACUAGCUUAGAAAACGGAACUUUUCUGCUGAACGACGAUUUUUGCUCCAACAGAUACGCGUUUGCAUGCGAAAGCGCGCAGAUGGCCAACCCAGGCGAGUUGCUGCAAAACGGAUGUCCACCAAAUCAGAAUUGCGGAAACAACAUGAUUGGCCUACCCACUUACAAUUCCGAUCAACUUAUCUACGAGCCCGGGCCAAUCAGAGGGACUUUUUCUAGUAGCUGCGGAUUAACCUACUAUAUCUCAAGAAUGAAAAAAUCUUGGGCCGAUGCAAGAAACUAUUGCUGUAGCAUCGGAAUGGACUUGGCGAGUGUCAAUCUGAUUGAAAAAAUAGACUGCCUUUCUCAAGUUUUUACAAAGUUUCCUACACGAUUGAAUGAAACGUCGUAUUGGAGUUCAGGCAGAGCAACAAAAAUACCAGGAAAGCACUACUGGUGCUCAACAGAAUCAUAUGUGUAUCCUCAAGAAACAGUGUGGGCUAAGGACUUCCCCAAAAAUGAGCACACCUGUAUUGUCAUCGCAUUCAACACAGCAAUUAACAGUACUGAGCUGCAGACGGCAUUUUGCGAGGAGGAAAAACCGUUCAUAUGCUCGGCAAGCGCCCUCAGUGCACUGGUUGCACAAAGGAUGUGGUACGAUUGCUCGACAACUUACGGACUUGCCAAAGAUGAAGAGGAUGAACUUUUACAGUUUUCACUGACGCUACCAGUACAAAGAUUAAUGUGCUAUGCCAGGUGCAUUGCCCAUUAUCACCACAAGAUUGCAGAUACCAGAAUAAAUGGACCGAACAUUUUACAAGUUUUGGAGCAACUUCAGUUGACUCCCGCCGAAUUGCAGGGAGCGUAUGUUGGUUACGAAAAGUGUGAAAAUACUGUGCUGCCGAUGAAUUACAGUCGGUGCCUCUUCACUUACAUGGUUGCAAGGUGCGCUCUCGCAAAUGGCUACCUGGUUAUGCAAAAAAUGCUGACAUUUUCUACUGGUAGCUUGAGACAGUUUCUGCCAUCAACUUUGCCGUGUGAUCCAAACUACCAAUACUGCGAUACUGGCCUUCCAUGCGUGCAAAAUGCUGCCCUCAUUGGUCAGUUGAAAACAACAGGCAAAACUGAUAUAGGAACUUUAGUCAGUCUACCCAGUGGAGCUAAUUAUUGUAUAGUAAAGCGGGAAGUUAAAUUUUUAUACAGCUCAGCAUAUUCAUACUGCUGCUCAAUCGGAAUGAAACUAAUAGAAAUUGAUAAUAUGAAAAAGUUGGACGACUUGCUGCAGUUUGAUCCAACGUUAAGGCCUCUGAACCUGACAGUGGUUGGCCCAUUGAAGGAAGACGAAAACGGAGAACCAUCAAAGUGGUGCUCAUCGGGCGCAUCGAUUCCUCUGGCUCUGUUUCCGCAGGGCAAAAUUCCCAAAGACCCAUGUUUCAAACGAACAAAUUGCUUGUUUUUAAACCUAAACGCCGACAACACCUUGCUGUAUGAUAAUUGCGAGUAUACCUCGGUAUCAUUCUUUGUUUGUGAAUUAUAA